CUCUUUUUCUUUCUCUAAUUAAAUACCCAUCUCUCCCUUUUUUCAUCUUCUUCUUUCUAUCUUUUUACUUGCUACCUAAAAACACAUAUUUAACUCUUUAACUAAGAAAAAUGAGUGGUGUUCAUAAUGGAGGUGGGCCUUGUGGUGCCUGCAAGUUUUUGAGGAGAAAGUGUCUAAAAGGCUGCAUUUUUGCACCUUAUUUUGACUCAGACCAGGGGACGGUUCACUUUGCAGCGGUGCAUAAGGUGUUCGGAGCUAGCAAUGUCUCUAAGCUUCUGAUGCGCAUACCGCCUCAUAAGCGGCUCGAUGCGGUGGUUACUCUUUGUUAUGAAGCUUUGGCUAGGGUUCGAGAUCCUGUUUAUGGCUGUGUUGGCCAUCUUUUCACUCUCCAGCAGCAGGUGGUGCAUUUACAGGCGGAGUUAGCUUACAUUCAGGCCCGGCUUUCCACAUUGCACCGAUUACCCUUGCAUCAGCAACAACAGCAGUCAGCUCAUAGCCAGUCUCAGACGAGUAAUAUGUCUGAAAUAGCUUCAUGUUCGGAAAUGGCGUCAAAUUCGAACAUGUCAGGGCAUUUUAAUGAGCGUCAACUACAAACUCAGCAGCAUGUAGAAUCCGCACCAGAAUUUGUAAUGGAUCUUCAGCUUGAGAGUAAUGAUGAUCUUCAUGCUUUGGCUCGUGAUUUUGUGUCUCGAUACUUGCCGGGAGUUAGAUUCAAAUCCACUACCUAACCUCCCAAUAGAUCAGUUUAUGUAACCCUAACCACCGUCGAAUUAGGGCCUCGGUUAAUUAACUAAUGUAUCUUCAAUUUGUGUUCUGCAAGUGUAAUGUAAUGAAAUUGCACUUUUUUGUCGGGA